AUGUCGCCUUUCCAGCCUGACGGACGCGAUUGUCCCACAGGGAUCAAAAUUGAAGCCGACGGUAACGAUCCUUUUGGGUCAUGCUGGCAGUCACAAACAACCAGCGGAGCAGUUUCCAUGGAUAUCGAUGGUGGCAGAAUCAGUGGCCGACAGCAGGACAUAGCUUCCGGGAACUCUGACCCUCGACAGAACACAUCGGUCCGACGGCGUUUGGCUGUUUCCCACGCCACGAAACUGAAAGAGGCAUUGCACAACGAACGUGGCUCCGAUCAAGGGAGAUCUUCUAAGUCGUGCCCCCCCGGAGAUUGGAUAGAGCCGCAGAAUCAUGUCGGUGGCGCAACAUUGCAGCUGCAACCGCCAUCCGAGGCAGGUCAGCACAAAGGGCCACACACAGAAAAUGUCAGAGAAAGUGCGCCCGCCUCCGUCGACGUGCACAUGUCUCUUCAGCCCCUCGCGUCUCGAUUGCAGGUCUUGAAAGAAGAGGAUGCCAAGCUGCAGCAAGACGAAGUCAAACUCACGGCACAGGUCAAGGACAGCGAAGCAGCCUGUGGUCGAAUGAUUCAACAAUACCUGGAAAUCGCCCGGGCAAUCGCAGCGCGGAAGCAACAUAUCCAGGAAGACAAGGCCCGGUUGGAGGGCGUUCAGCAAUCGAGGGAUCGUAUAGAAACAGAGGUCACUGCGAUCAUUGCUCGCAUCGCCUCAUCCGUCCACCCAGGGGGGAGCCUGAAGUGA